AUGACAGGCCCAAUUAGAUCCACUGGGAAGGCUCGCGCAACUAAUGAAGUUCAGCCAGCCCAGCCACAACCACCUCGCCCACCUAACGCCUGGAUCCUCUAUCGCUCCGACAAGCUCAAGGUUCUGCCAGAAGCACCUGGCCAGCGCAGCAGAGCCCAGGCUGAUGUCUCAAAGCUCAUCUCUGAGAUGUGGCGAAAUGAGUCGGAAGCAGUGAAGCUCGAGUACGAGCGUCUCGCAGAUGCGAAGAAGGCGGAACAUCAGCGUCAAUACCCUGAUUAUCGCUUCCAGCCCAUGAAGAAGGAGGAGAAGGAACGUAUCAGGGAGGAGAAGCGGCAAAAAAAGGAACAGGCUCGCGCACAGAAGAAAAGUCGCGGUCGCACCAAUGCGGUUGCUGGUCCUUCCCAGGGGCCACAACAACCAGAACCAAUGCCACCAAUGGCAUACGCGCCCCCCUACGUACUCCCUGCUGCAGUGCCUGUGCAGCCUGCUUCCUUCUACAUGCCUGCUCCCCAAUACGCGAUGUUCAACCCCGAAAUGCAGUAUGGAACCGCGGGUCCAUCCCCGCCUAUGUCUGCUGCGUCAUCGCCGCACCCGUCUGCAUCUGAGUCUCCGUCGCUCUCAGAUGACUAUCUCUUACAGGUAGAUGCACUUCUUUCCACACGCGUAUGUUCAAUUCCUGAUGCUCAAUCCCACCCUUUGCAGCCGGCCCCUCAUGGUCUUCCCUCCUUCCCUCAUCACGCUUACGGAAUGCAGCCCAUGGUUGUUCAGCAGCCCCAGGCUGCGCACGCUCAAUGGCAGCAUCCUCAAGAGCACGUCCUCCCUCAACCGGAUGCUGCUCAACCGCAAUGGAACGCUCCGCAAGAGCAUCUUCUCCCACAACCACCUGCUCCGGAAUGGAGUGAAUAUGGCACAUCACAGGGCGAGUUCAAGUAUCAACCUGAGGAUUACCUGAACUUUGAGGUGCCAGGGGCCAAUGACAUGGGCUCGAUGGAUGAUCUCUCCAUCGCAUCUUUGCAUGCAAUGCUGUCGUCUACCGACCAGAACGGUGUGUUCAACAUGGGGAACAUCAACGCCGAGGACAUCCUUGCGCAGCCCGAGGGUGAACUUGAGAUCCAGCUAGCUCCCCACCCUGAUGCACAGUCGCAGGAAAUCGAAGACUUUUAUAAAGGUUUCGAUAUUACUGAGGCACUUGCAGCUACAACCCAGGGGGAUCAGCUUGAUGCAGGGACCUCCUCGGGCACCGGGUAUCCCGCAGACACGGUCACCAACACAGACGCCUCGUUGGACGACCUUACAUCAUUGUUCCGGGCGCCUCACAACCCUGAGCUGCAGACUUACAUGGCAGCGCAACAGCGCCAGACGAGUGGGUUCACGCGCGAUAUGCUCGACUUCAUCAACUUCGAGGCGGGCGAGGGUGGGUCGCAGAACGCUCCGGCUCCGCAGGUGCGCGCACCUCCCCCUCCGGCCCCACAAUCGCCCAUCUUCACACAGAUGACGAAUACCGCCGCUGUUCCACAGUCCGGGUAUGUUCCCCCCGCGGGUGCAGCUCAUUCGUCGACGCGUCGGGUUGGGGCGAGUUGGAAGCCCUCAUUUGUGAUCCCCGGUGACUCCAUUGACCCUGCUCAGACCUGGAACGUUCCCAGUCGUCAAUGA